AUGACCCAUUAUUUUUUUCGGCCAUAUUUCAGAUGUGGUAGGUCCGGUCGAUAUGUCAGCGGUGGAUUGAAGAGACCCAGGCCGUCCACAAAGCAGACAAGGCACUGCACGUGUUUCCUAAACGUGCGCGUAAACGAGUACGGAACUGUUACUGUGAUCGGAUGUUUUGGACAUAUUGGCCAUAAGAUUGACGCCGCUCUCAUUCGCUUAUCACAUCCACAGGAAAUGUUCCUCAAGGACCAACUGGAAAAGUAUCCUGUGGGCUACGUUCUCAUGCGACUGAAAAGAGAUUACUCACCAAAAACAUCACGUCUUUACCAUGUUACUGGAAAAGAAUUAAGGAAUAUAAUGAAGAGAUACCACCUAGAACCUGUUUCACAAGACAGCCUAAAGGAUUUGGCUCCCGAGGUUAAUAGCUCUUUCAGUGAAGGUACCACGGAAGGACUGCAUAACCGCACCAGGAUUGAUAAUGAGCAUCAACACGGUUCGAGAAUGAGUGGAGAGUCGUUUCAAGACCUUUCGACGGGAAUCAUGUUCAAUGGUCAUGGGAAAGCCGAUAGGCAACUCGGCGAAAGCAGCACAAGACCGGUUGAUUACUCAGCGAUGCCACCUGAGCCUCAGCUUUAUUCAACGCUAUGCCCUCGUGAGAGCAUUAAAGAAGUAGCCGCUUCCUAUACCAAUAAAUUUUCAAUACAGAAGCAGUCACAACUAAAUCUUCCGACUUGA